CGCAACGCAGGGAAAAAAGGAUACGAAACGAAGCGGAAUUGACCGACUUCAACCCUCGACCAAGACCAGGUUACGUAUCUGCAUCGCAUCUGCAUCGUAUCUUGUUUUGCUUCGUGCUUGCCAAACCCUGGUCCGAAGACUAGAGACGGCAUCCCAUCUCGUCCUCCCCCGUCCAAACCACCGAACACACGCAACAACAGCACCAGCACUUGCAUAUCCGACUGCAUCUUCUAUCCCAACAUCGAUUGCACGAGCAUGUCGUCAGGCCUGACGCGACGCCGCGGUGCCGGCGCUGGUGGUGCCACAGAGGAGGGAGCGAAUGGCCCCUCGAGGACAGCGUCAUCUACAAAUGUCCGCGACAGCGCCCCCGAGACCAGCUACGAGGCCAGCGAAAACGGUCACAAGAUCGCCUUCGAUCCUCGCGACAUUAGCGAGAGCGCCGAAAGAAGCAAGCAGCCCAAGCUCACCCUGAUGGAAGAGGUCAUUCUGCUGGGAAUCAAGGACAAGCAGGGCUACCUCUCCUUCUGGAACGACAACAUCAGCUAUGCGCUCCGUGGAUGCAUCGUCAUCGAGUUGGCCUUCCGUGGCCGCAUCAGCAUGCAGAAGGAUCCCGCCAGACGGCGCUUCCCUCUGGCUGACCGGGUCAUCGAGGUCAUCGAUGACACCCUUACCGGCGAGGUGCUGCUGGACGAGGCACUCAAGCUGAUGAAGGCGAGCGAGAAGAUGAGCGUCAGCUCGUGGAUUGACCUGAUGAGUGGCGAGACCUGGAACCUCAUGAAGAUCGGCUACCAACUAAAACAAGUCCGCGAGCGUCUCUGCAAAGGCCUCGUCGACAAAGGCAUCCUGCGCACCGAGAAGCGCAACUUCCUCCUCUUCGACAUGGCCACUCACCCCGUAGCUGAUGGCGGUGCCAAGGAGGAGAUCCGUCGACGCGUCCGAAACGUCCUUACGCAGCGCACCGUCGUCCUGCCAGCCUCCCAGUUCCUGCCCGAGAACCUCGAGUUCCGAUACAUACGCACCAUCGCCAUGGUCUGCGCCGCCUACGCCGCUAACGUCCUCGAGAACGCGCUGUCCACCCUCGGCCACGAGGCGAGGGAACGCGCUUUCACCCAGACGGACGAGAUCCUGGCCGAGUACAGCCAAUGGCCGUUUGGAAAGAAGGUCGGAGGCCAGGGCAUUGGCGCCAACAUCCCCCAGGUCAUCACCGAGGAGCUUACCAAGGGCAAGGACAAGGAACUGCAGAUCGAGGUCGUUGCCGCUUGCUUGAGCGUCUUCACCCGACUCGACUCGCUUCUCUAAUCCAGCCCCUCCAUUCUCCUCAUAGAGCCGAGAGAAGGCGCAAUACUCAUAAUGCCGUUUCUCUCGAGUGCGAGUGCCUUUCCUUUCACGGCCCACGAGCGUCCGAAAGUGCCAGUCACACGGCGCGCGAUUGACGAAACAACCAAAACUUUGAUAGACG